AUGGUGGCCGAAGGGGUCGGACUGAGAUGCCGCCGAGCAUACCCAGGCGACGAAAUGCAUGGGACUGCCGGGAACCCGGACUUGAGCCACAAGCGCAGCAGUUCGAAAGAGAUGUGCAGAGGUCCACCAUCCAAGCGGCAGGUGGUAACGAUCUGCAUCUGCAUCGGAAAUGCUGUCGCCUUUGGGAUGUUCCUUUUUCCACUUUUGUAUGAGCCCUUUCGACUUAUCUUCGGCAUUAUCUUCGGCGUCUCAUUCACGCUGACGGCCUUGUUUGGGAUUGUCACCAUGACCGUGGAUCCCAUGGAUAUCAACGUUUGGAGGUGCGAAGAGGGCCUUGCGCCAGAGCAAGAUGCCAUGGCCUACUGCAAGAACUGCCGGGUAAACGUGCAACUUGACUCGAAGCACUGCUGGGACUGCAACAAGUGUGUUUCAAAUUAUGAUCAUCACUGCCCAUGGCUCAAUACCUGCAUAGGAACACGGAAUUACCUCUAUUUCUACAUAUCAAUCUGGUCACUGCUCGUGAUGCUCGCGGUAAGCUCCACGGCGGACAUCUUGGUCAUCGUUAACCAUGCUGCCGCCGCCGGAGACUCCACGAACGCACUUGGCCUUGGCAAUAUCCUCGUUUGGCUCAUAAGUAUCGUACUCGCGCUGCUGAAUAUUCCGCUCUGCUUCUUGGACUCGACACUGGUGGUCUUUCACACAUACUUGGUCGUCCUCGACAUCACCACCUACGACUAUCUGACGGGGAAGACCUCGCAGAAGAAAGCCCGGUGGAAAGAGAGAGAGGCACAGGCCGAAGGGAGGGACAGCGAUCGAGCCCAAGGGGUCUUUGGUGCCCCUGCGGCCAAUCGGCGUACAGAAAAGGACCAAGAGCUGGAGGACAGUUCAGUCUCCUCCUCUGCCGAGUCCUCUGAUGACACGUCCUACUCCGAAGGUGGUGGGGCGGUCUUCCGCAGCUUCGUGGCACAGGAGGGUGACACGGAGGUGAAGAAAGAAGUGAGUAAUUUUGUUUUCGGAUCUUCCGUCACACAGGUUGAGGACCCGCAGUUGAGUCCCGCGCCGACUAUUCCCGCGGAGCUAUCUAUGCGGGCUCAUGUGGGCAGAGACAAUGCGAUCUGA